AUGUUGCGGUAUACCACACAUGUUGGAGAUCAAAAUUUCUUGAUAGUCAGCAUUCAGAGCCAACGAAUCUCUACGGCUAGAUGGAACCUGGCUGUAAGACUCCGCGCAAGUGUUUGUAUAAGAAGCGGAACCUUAAUCACUCCAUCUUCCCACAAAACCCACAUCUUUCAGGUUUUCUCGAUCGAAGAGAGAAUGAAAGAAAAUAACUUCGUCAGAAGCAAUCAUGUCGGGAAAGAUACAUGUACAGCAGGACCUGAUUACCAAAGGAACACUUGGAGAAAAUCGGGAGAGGAAGCAAGGAAAGACCGUUCUCGCCGCCGAGCCAGAGGUCGUUCAUGUAGUAGUAUUGCCGGCCGUGAGAUAGAUUCAAAGUCAAGGCAUAUGCUUUCAGCAAGAUCCCGUGAGAGAGGUGGAUGUGGUUUGGACGUUGGUACAUGUGCAGGUCUAUCCGUCUGAUUCCUGUUCAAGAUCCACUCCUUUGUUUACGUCCAAGAUUUUGGGAGGUCGCUUGAGGUAGAGUAAAUUGGAUGUCCUGUUGGGGCACAUGGUGUUUUAUGGAAGUCCACGACAUAUAGAAAAUGUGACGACGUCUGACUGCUUGGAUGUUCCGUGCUGGUACCCCUGAACACAAAGGAGUGAUACAGAGAAGUGACACGGAACAUCGUUGGGCAAGCUGUUCAUGGAGUGGCGGAAGGGUGCCUGAUGUACGCACGCUUUACACCAAGGGGAACCUUCAGCCUCGUGCGAAGCAUUAGUUCGUGCAGGAUUCAUUCUUCUUCUCGCGGUAUGGAUAUGGAACUCGGGGCUAUGAUCCCGGAACACAAAGAGAGUGAAGUGCUCAGACAGACAGAUUGUGUGUGAACUCAUAACAUUUCCUUCAAGUGUGUAAAAGUGUAUGAGAAGCAAUCUCUGCUAUCAUCACGUGAAUGUCAUGCAGAAAGUACGCUAGAAGAUAAUACUAUACACGAAAGCUAUGUUCUAUGAUCGUACAACCUUUUUGAGCGAAACUUCAGUUUGGCUUUGAAUUUGUGUAGAGCCACAUGCCUACUGCAUUUUACAUUUAUGUGGGU